UUUUUAUAUAUAGAGUGGUUAACUUUUGAGUCCACACUCCACAAUAUGGUAAAUGCAUUUAUGGUUAAUACAAAGUCCACAACCACAACACUUGGCUUUCCUUCAAUCUCUCCUUUCUUUCCUUUACUCAAUAAUAUUACUGGACACUCUUCACUUUUUCUUUUAAACCACAUAUAUAAAUUCAUCAAUAAUACACUUCACAAAUCAUUCUAAAGUCUAAAUUCUCAUUACGUAGCACUCUUUGCUAUCUCACCUUACUCAUUCCUCUUCCUCCUAUAUCUUUUCUCUCCGCCCCAUUUUCACUAUCACAAAUCAAGCUUCCAAAAUUUAGAAAUUGUGUACAAAAAAUGGAACUUCUGUCCUCUAAACUCUGUGAGCUUUGCAAUGAUCAAGCUGCUCUGUUUUGUCCAUCUGAUUCAGCUUUUCUCUGUUUUCACUGUGAUGCUAAAGUUCAUCAGGCUAAUUUCCUUGUUGCUCGCCACCUUCGUCUCACUCUUUGCUCUCACUGUAACUCCCUUACGAAAAAUCGUUUUUCCCCUUGUUCGCCGCCGCGUCCUGCUCUUUGUCCUUCCUGCUCCCGGAAUUCGUCUGGUGAUUCCGAUCUCCGUUCUGUUUCAACGUCGUCGUCGUCGUCGUCGACUUGUGUUUCCAGCACGCAGUCCAGUGCUAUUACUCAAAAAAUUAACAUAAUCUCUUCAAAUCGAAAGCAAUUUCCGGACAACAACUCUAACGGUGAAGUCAAUUCUGGCAGAUGUAAUUUAGUGCGAUCCAGAAGUGUGAAAUUGCGAGAUCCAAGAGCGGCGACUUGUGUGUUCAUGCAUUGGUGCACAAAGCUUCAAAUGAACGGCGAGGAACGUGUGGUGCAAACGGCUUGUAGUGUGUUGGGUAUUUGUUUUAGUCGGUUUAGGGGUCUGCCUCUACGGGUUGCCCUGGCGGCCUGCUUUUGGUUCGGUUUGAAAACUACCGAAGAAAAAUCAAAGUCCACGUGGCAAUCUUUGAAGAAAUUAGAGGAGAUCUCGGGUGUGCCGGCGAAGAUAAUAUUAGCAACAAAAUUAAAGCUUCGAAAAAUAGUGAAAACCAACCACCGCCAACCUCAAGCAAUGGAAGAAAGCUGGGCUGAAUCCUCGCCCUAAUUUUUGUUUGUUUUUGGAGAAUACUCCCACACCUCUUUUGAUUUUCAUUUUCUAUUUUUCUAUCUUCUAAAUUUGUGAAAAUCAUUAGAAAAAUGGAAAAGUUUGAACAUGAAAAUCCAUUUUACUACAAUA